UGCCGGUAUCUCAUCUUUCUUCGUCAAUCCUCAGCUUCUCUUCAUCUCAACUGAGCUUCAAUUCUCUCAGCUCCUGCUGUUCCUCACCCCUCUCCCACUACAUCACCUCUCCACGCCGUCACCAUGACAGGCUUCGAUUUCUCCAACUACAACCGUAACGCGGCGCUCCACGCGAAGGGAGUUCCUCUCCCCAAGGCCACCAGUACCGGUACAACCAUCGUGGGAUGUAUAUACGACAAUGGCGUUGUGAUUGCAGCAGAUACCAGAGCCACCAGCGGCCCGAUAGUAGCAGACAAGAACUGCGAGAAACUACACUACAUCGCGCCCAAGAUCUGGUGCGCGGGAGCCGGAACGGCCGCGGACACCGAGUUCACGACGGCGUUGAUCAGCUCGAACAUCGAACUGCACUCACUUUCGACGGGCCGGCCCCCACGCGUAAUCACCUGCAUGACGAUGCUGAAGCAGCACCUAUUCCGAUACCAAGGCCACAUCGGCGCCUACCUAGUCGUGGCAGGUGUCGACCCCACCGGCAUUGGUCUUUUCACCGUCCACGCCCACGGAUCCACCGACAAGCUUCCCUACGUGACCAUGGGAUCUGGUUCCCUGGCCGCGAUGUCCGUGUUCGAGUCGACAUGGAAGCCGAACCUGGACCGUGAGGGUGCGAUCGCCCUGUGCGCGGAGGCCAUCAAGGCUGGUAUCUUCAACGAUCUGGGAUCUGGUAGCAAUGUCGAUGUUUGUGUCAUUGAGAAGGACAAGCCUACGCAGUUGCUGCGCAACUACAUCAAGCCUAAUGAGCGUGGCGAGAAAGAGCGCAAUUACCGUUUCCCUAAGGGUACUACGGCUUAUUUGAACCAGAAGAUCAUCAGCAAGGAGGAUAUGCGGAAGUAUAUCUCUGUUGAGGAGGCGUCGGGUGAUCCUAACUUGAUGGAGGUGGAUGUCUGAGUAUUGUGUUGUUAUUUGUUGUUGUAACGACUAGAGCAAAGAAAGGUUAUUAUUUACUACUGCUGGUUUUGUCGGGCUCGCUUUAUCUUAUCCUAAAUAGGGGCCCACGCAUGAAUAAUUGCCAUUAUGAUUGUUUGAAUUGAGAA